AUGCCCUACCUAUGGAAAAGCCACAACUCCAGAGACGAACGCUGCAGGAGACAUUAUAUCACUAUAGCAGAACCAGUUCCUAAAGUAAUCGCUAGCACCCCAGUCAUAACCACCGAUGAAACAAUAUCCGACUCAGACUUCCCAGCUAUACAAACGACCCAAGAUGCAAUAAUAAGUAUAAAUAACACUCCGGCAACAAACUAUUCCAUGGACCCAGACAGUACUCGAGAUUCAUGCGUUACUCAGGACUCAGGCGACAUUUCUGUUCUAGAUAGCACUCCUGCCUUUCUUCCGACCCUAGGCCAAGACUCUACACCAAGUGAAAAUACUAGUAGAGCAGACAAUUUUCCUAGAGAAAACACUACGAUUGAAAACUUAUACCCUCUUAGAGACACUACUCUCUCUGAACAUACAUAUUCUGCUAACACCUUGACACCUCAUGGAGACGCAACUUUUAGCGAAGAGAUCCCACGAGAUGAAGUCACUACCCUAGAUGCAGUAACUCUUCCUAGAGAAGGCAAUACUUAUGGAGACAUCAAUUUUGCAGAUACUACCCAAAAACUAAUAACUGAUCCUAGUGAAGAAACCACUCCUGUCAUGGGCACCAGAGAAGCCAUUACUUUUGCUGAAAGUGCUACUGGUGAAAUCACCACUCGUGGAGGCGAAGUUACAAUGGCUGACCAAGUUACUACUCGUUCUGAAGCAAUAAUUUUCAGUGACGUCACAUAUAACGGCACUGGCAUGUCUGAAAAUGAAACCACUACUAUAACAAAAGAAACAACUGGACAAGUUACAAUUAUUGCCGAGGACCCUAAUCCCACACAAACCACUACAGAUGAAGACACUAGUAUUAAUGAAGGUAUUACAGAUGAUAAAGGCAUGACCUCAAGUGAAAAUAUUUCUUUGAAAAGAGAUUCUACUAUCAAAUACACAACUUCAAGUGGCUCGGUCAUUCCACGAGAGCAAAACACAUCUAUUUUGGGUGAAUAUACUACUACAGUUAUAAAUAUUUCUGGUGAAGACACAACUGAUAAACACAUGAUACCUCAUGAAGAUACUACUGGUGAAAUCACGAUUCCUUUUGGAGGCACUAUUCAAGCUGAUGUCAUUUCACCUGGAAUGAAUACUACUCAAGGUCAAAAUUCUACUCCAGAUGAAGAUGCUACACUCACUGCAGAAAAUGUUACUAAUGAAAACACCUAUCCUAUUGAAGAUAGUACUCCAUCUGAACUUUUGUCUACUAAAAACUUGACACCUUAUGUAGAUACAAAUUUCAGUCGAGACACAACCUUAACCAAUGUUAAUAUUUCUGGUGAAGAGGUCACUCGAGAAGAAGUCACAACUUUUGAUGCAGUAACUUUUCCUGGGGAAGUCAAUACUUCUAAGAAAGACACAACUUUUGAUAUGGAUUCUGGUACAGACACUACCAAAAAUGGAAAGACCGCUCCUGGUGAAGCAACUACUCCUGUCAUUGGUACUAGUCCAAGAGAAGACAUUACUUUUGUUGAAAGCACAGUACCUAGUGAAGUAACUGCUGUGAGCGACGGCACAUAUAAUGGCACCGGUAUGUCUGAAUAUGGAACCCUUAUUAUAGCUGCAGAAACAACUGGUUCAGUCACUCAUAUUGCUGAGAAACCUACUCCUGCACGAGGCACUACUCCAGACGAAGUUACUGUUUUUGAUAAAGGUAUUACUAAUACUGAAAGUAUAACCUCAGGUGAAAACAUUUCUGUGAAUGAAGCUAACACUUCAAGUGAUACAACGUCUAGUAUAAAUAUGCCUACUGAUGAAGACAACACAUUCAUUGAAGAUAUUACAGUUGUUGGAAGCUUUCCAUUUGGAGAAAACACUACUUUCGGUAAAGACACUAGUAAGAUAAUUACAGAUGAAAUGACUACCUUUGGUUUGGUCAUUUCUCUAGAGCAAAACACAACACUUCUGGAAGAGGAUAUUACUACAGCGAUAGACAUUCCUGGUGAAUACACUUCGAAUAAAAACAUGAUGCUUUAUGAAAAUAGCACUGGUGAAUUCACGACUCCUUUUGAAGAAACUAGUCAAAUUGAUGUCACUACUCCUGGCAGGAUCACUACUCUAGGUCAAAACUCUUCUUCAAGCGAAGAUGCUACCCUCGCUGCAGACUAUUUUCCAAGUGAAAAUGUUACUGAUGACAUCCUCUAUCCUACUGAAGAUACUACUACACCUGAACAUAAAUCUACUAAAAUGCUGACACCUUUUGAGGACACAACUUCCAGUAGAGACACUACUUUAGCUAAUGCCAAUACUUUUGGCAAAGAGAUCACUCAAGAUCAAGUAACUAAUUUUUAUGGAGUAACUUUUUCCAUUGAUAGGAAUACCUUUGAGAAAGACACAACUUUUGAUAUUAUUUCCGGUACAGACACUUCUCGAAAAGAAAUAACAGAUCCAAGUGAAGACACCACUCCUGUCAUGAAUAUUAAUUCAAAAGAAAGCAUAUCUUCUGUUGAAAGCACUGUUGGUGAAGUUACAAUAGCUGACAAUUAUGCUACUAAAGUUAUAGAAACAACUGGUCGAGUCACAAUUAUUGUUGGGGGACCUGCCCAAAACAUGACAGUUGGAGAUACUAGUCUUGAUAAUGGUAUUACUUCUGAUGAUGAAGUGGCCACUCCAGAUGAAGCCACUACUUUCAGUGACGUAACUGAUCCUUCAGAAGGCAAUACUCCUGUGAAAGACACAACUUUCGAUAGGGAUAUUAAUUCAGGGAAAGAUACAACCCGUAAAGAAAAUACGAUCACCACUCCUGUAAUGGGUACUAGUCUAAGAGAAGAUAUAACUUUUGAUGCAAGCACGACUUCUGAUGAAACUGCAAUAGCGAGCCAAGAUGCAACUCGUUCUGAAAGUUUCAGUGGCGACACUUACAGUAGCACAGGCGUAACUGAACAUGGAACCACUACUUCAGUUAUAGGAACGACUGGCCGAGUCACUUAUAUUACUAGGGAUUCUAGUCCCGCUCAAAACACUACUCCAGAUGAAGAUUCUACUAUGAAUGAAGGUAUGACUUACAGUUCUAUAAACUUUACUACUUCAAAUGAUAGAACCUCUGACAGUAUGACACUUGAUGUGGACGAUGUUUAUGUUGAACACACUACAAUUGUUGAAAAUAUUGCUCUAGGAAAAAACACUAUUUUUGACAAACACAUUAGAAAGGUAACUGCUGAUGGAAUCACUACUUUAGGCGAAUUUACUACUGUUAAAGACACCAUUCCUGCUGACAGUACUGCUCCUGGAAAAUAUGCUAUUUUUAGUGAAGUUGCAAUCCCUGAAAACUUUAAUUCGGGAUAUGUUAUUUCUAGUCAAGGCACCGAUAUUUCAGACCCUACUCCAGGCAAAGUUACUACUUCUGAACAAGGCAAAAUUUCUACUGAAAAUGCUGCUCAAGAUGUUACUCCGGUUGAAAUAAAUGCUUCAGCUGAAAGAGCAACUAAUACAGAAGUCAUUCAUCCUAAUCAAGAAACUACUCCAAGAGAAAAUGCUACUCCUGACACGUAUACUGCUGGUCAAAUAACUGCAGUCAUAACCACCGAUGAAACAAUAUCCGACUCAGACUUCCCAACUAUACAAAUGACCCAAGAUGCAGUAAUAAGUAUAAAUAACACUCCGGCAACUGACUAUUCCAUGGACCCAGACAGUACUCGAGAUUCAGGCAUUACUCAGGACUCAGGCGACAUUUCUGUUCUAGAUAGCACUCCUGCCUUUCUUCCGACCCUAGGCCAAGACUCUACACCAAGUGAAAAUACUAGUAGAGCAGACAGUUUUCCUAGAGAAAACACUACGAUUGAAAACUUAUACCCUCUUAGAGACACUACUCUCUCUGAACAUACAUAUUCUGCUAAAACCUUGACACCUCAUGGAGACGCAACUUUUAGCGAAGAGAUCCCUCGAGAUGAAGUCACUACCCUAGAUGCAGUAACUCUUCCUAAAGAAGGCAAUACUUAUGGAGACAUCAAUUUUGCAGAUACUACCCAAAAACUAAUAACUGAUCCUAGUGAAGAAACCACUCCUGUCAUGGGCACCAGAGAAGCCAUUACUUUUGCUGAAAGUGCUACUGGUGAAAUCACCACUCAUGGAGGUGAAGUUACAAUGGCUGACCAAGUUACUACUCGUUCUGAAGCAAUAAUUUUCAAUGACGUCCCAUAUAACGGCACUGGCAUGUCUGAAAAUGAAACCACUACUAUAACAAAAGAAACAACUGGACAAGUUACAAUUAUUGCCGAGGACCCUAAUCCCACACAAACCACUACAGAUGAAGACACUAGUAUUAAUGAAGGUAUUACAGAUGAUAAAGGCAUGACCUCAAAUGAAAAUAUUUCUUUGAAAAGAGAUUCUACUAUCAAAUACACAACUUCAAGUGGCUCGGUCAUUCCUCGAGAGCAAAACACAUCUAUUUUGGGUGAAUAUACUACUACAGUUAUAAAUAUUUCUGGUGAAGACACAACUGAUAAACACAUGAUACCUCAUGAAGAUACUACUGGUGAAAUCACGAUUCCUUUUGGAGACACUAUACAAGCUGAUGUCAUUUCACCUGGAAUGAAUACUACUCAAGGUCAAAAUUCUACUCCAGAUGAAGAUGCUACACUCACUGCAGAAAAUGUUACUAAUGAAAACACCUAUCCUAUUGAAGAUAGUACUCCAUCUGAACUUUUGUCUACUAAAAACUUGACACGUUAUGUAGAUACAAAUUUCAGUCGAGACACAACCUUAACCGUCGUUAAUAUUUCUGGUGAAGAGGUCACUCGAGAAGAAGUCACAACUUUUGAUGCAGUAACUUUUCCUGGGGAAGUCAAUACUUCUAAGAAAGACACAACUUUUGAUAUGGAUUCUGGUACAGACACUACCAAAAAUGGAAAGACCGCUCCUGGUGAAGCAACUACUCCUGUCAUUGAUACUAGUCCAAGAGAAGACAUUACUUUUGUUGAAAGCACAGUACCUAGUGAAGUAACUGCUGUGAGCGACGGCACAUAUAAUGGCACCGGUAUGUCUGAAUAUGGAACCCCUAUUAUAGCUGCAGAAACAACUGGUUCAGUCACUCAUAUUGCUGAGAAACCUACUCCUGCACGAGGCACUACUCCAGACGAAGUUACUGUUCUUGAUAAAGGUAUUACUAAUACUGAAAGUAUAACCUCAGGUGAAAACAUUUCUGUGAAUGAAGCUAACACUUCAAGUGAUACAACGUCUAGUAUAAAUAUGCCUACUGAUGAAGACAACACAUUCAUUGAAGAUAUUACAGUUGUUGGAAGCUUUCCAUUUGGAGAAAACACUACUUUCGGUAAAGACACUAGUAAGAUAAUUACAGAUGAAAUGACUACCUUUGGUUUGGUCAUUUCUCUAGAGCAAAACACAACUCUUCUGGAAGAGGAUAUUACUACAGCGAUAGACAUUCCUGGUGAAUACACUUCGAAUAAAAACAUGAUGCCUUAUGAAAAUAGCACUGGUGAAUUCACGACUCCUUUUGAAGAAACUAGUCAAAUUGAUGUCACUACUCCUGGCAGGAUCACUACUCUAGGUCAAAACUCUUCUUCAAGCGAAGAUGCUACCCUCGCUGCAGACUAUUUUCCAAGUGAAAAUGUUACUGAUGACAUCCUCUAUCCUACUGAAGAUACUACUACACCUGAACAUAAAUCUACUAAAAUGCUGACACCUUUUGAGGACACAACUUCCAGUAGAGACACUACUUUAGCUAAUGCCAAUACUUUUGACACUUCUCGAAAAGAAAUAACAGAUCCAAGUGAAGACACCACUCCUGUCAUGAAUAUUAAUUCAAAAGAAAGCAUAUCUUCUGUUGAAAGCACUGUUGGUGAAGUUACAAUAGCUGACCAUUAUGCUACUAAAGUUAUAGAAACAACUGGUCGAGUCACAAUUAUUGUUGGGGGACCUGCCCAAAACAUGACAGUUGGAGAUACUAGUCUUGAUAAUGGUAUUACUUCUGAUGAUGAAGUGGCCACUCCAGAUGAAGCCACUACUUUCAGUGACGUAACUGAUCCUUCAGAAGGCAAUACUCCUGUGAAAGACACAACUUUCGAUAGGGAUAUUAAUUCAGGGAAAGAUACAACCCGUAAAGAAAAUACUGCUUCUAGUGCGAUCACCACUCCUGUAAUGGGUACUAGUCUAAGAGAAGACAUAACUUUUGAUGCAAGCACGACUUCUGAUGAAACUGCAAUAGCGAGCCAAGAUGCAACUCAUUCUGAAAGUUUCAGUGGCGACACUUACAGUAGCACAGGCGUAACUGAACAUGGAACCACUACUUCAGUUAUAGGAACGACUGGCCGAGUCACUUAUAUUACUAGGGAUUCUAGUCCCGCUCAAAACACUACUCCAGAUGAAGAUUCUACUAUGAAUGAAGGUAUGACUUACAGUUCUAUAAACUUUACUACUUCAAAUGAUAGAACCUCUGACAGUAUGACACUUGAUGUGGACGAUGUUUAUGUUGAAACACACUACAAUUCAGUCAUAACUACUGAUGAACCAAUAUCCGACCCAGAUUUCCCAACUAUACAAACGACUCAAGAUACAAUAAUAGUUAUGAAUAACACUCCGGCAACAGACUAUUCCAUGGACCUAGAUAGCACUCAAGGUUCAGGCGUUACUCAGGACCCAAGUGACAUUUCUGUUCUAGAUAUCACUCCAGGCAUAAAUGAAACGUCACAUGCAGAUGAUGCUUCAGGACCUGCCUUCGUUCCAGGCCUCAAUACUACUAUUGCCACAGCCACAACAUUAGACUUAGAUGUCACGACUUCCACAGGUACAACUCAGGGUUCAGAAAUUCGUGUUAGCCCAGUUGUCACUCCUGGCUCAAAUAAUACUUUAAACACAAAUACUGCUCUACAGCCAGGCAUAACCACAGGUAUGCAGGGCAACUCUGGUGAAGAUACAACUUAUGGCAAAGAGAUGAAGUCUGAUGAAAUCACCAUUGCUAGUGAAACUUCAACUUAUAUAAAAGAUGUUACUCCAAUGGAAGACUAUGCUUUUACAUAUGGUACAGAUAUUAAUAUUACACCUGCCCAUGACAUUAAUACUCUCAGUGAUUUUACUGGUAAUUCAAUAUCAUUAGAUGACAACACUUCAACAGUUAAUGAAAUUACUACUCCUUUUAUAAACGCUAUUCAAGUUGAUGUCACUACGAAUGACGACACGACCAUAGGUCAAGACUCAACCCGCAGAGCAGACACUUUUCCUAGAGUAAACACUACAGGUGAAAACUCACACCCUCUUAGAGACACUACUCUCUCUGAAUAUACAAAUUCUGCUAAAACCUUGACACCUCAUGCAGGCUCAACUUUUAGCGAAGAGAUCCCUCGAGAUGAAGUCACUACCAUAAAUGCAGUAACUCUUCCUAGGGAAGGCAAUACUUAUGGAGACAUCAAUUUUGCAGAUACUACCCAAAAAGCAAUAACUGAUCCUAGUGAAGAAACCACUCCUGUCAUGGGCACCAGAGAAGCCAUUACUUUUGGUGAAAGUGCUACUGGUGAAGUUACCACUCAUGGAGGUGAAGUUACAAUGGCUGACCAAGUUACUACUCGUUCUACAGCAAUAAUUUUCAGUGACGACACAUAUAAUGGCAUUGGCAUGUCUGAAAAUGAAACCACUAUUAUAACGAAAGAAACAACUGGACAAGUUACAAUUAUUGCCGAGGACCCUAAACCCACACAAACCACUACAGAUGCAGACACUAGUCUUAAUGAAGGUAUUACUGAUGAUGAAGGCAUGACUUCAAUAGAAAAUAUUUUUUUGAAAAGAGAUUCUACUACACAACUACACAAAUACACAACUUCAAGUGAAAUAAUCACUUGGAAAAAUCUGACUCCUAAUGAAGACAGUACAAAUGUUGAGAGCACUACAGUUGUUGAAAAUAUUAUUGGUGGAGAAAACACUAGUAAGAUAACUAAUACAAAUGGUAUUACUACCUUUGGCUCGGUCAUUCCUCGAGAGCAAAGCACAACUAUUUUAGGUGAAUAUACUACUACACUUAUAAACAUUUCUGGUGAAGACACAGCUGAUAAAGACAUGGUACCUCAUGAAGAUACUACUGGUGAAAUCACGGUUCCUUUUGGAGGCACUAUUCAAGCUGAUGUCAUUUCACCGGGAAUGAAUACUACUCAAGGUCAAACCUCUACUCCAGUUGAAGAUGCUACACUCGCUGCAGAUAAUGUUCCAAGAGAAAAUAUUACUAGUGAAAACACCUAUCCUGUUGAAGAUAGUACUCCAUCUGAAUUUUUGUCUACUCAAAACUUGACACCUUAUGCAGAUACAAAUUUCAGUCGAGACACAACCUUAACCAAUGUUAAUAUUUCUGGUGAAGAGGUCACUCGAGAAGAGGUCACAACUUUUGAUGCAGUAACUUUUCCUGGGGAAGUCAAUACUUCUAAGAAAGACACAACUUUUGAUAUGGAUUCUGGUACAGACACUACCCAAAAUGGAAAGACUGUUCCUGGUGAAGCUACUACUCCUGUCAUUGGUACUAGUCCAAGAGAAGACAUUACUGUUGUUGAAAGCACUACUGGUGAAGUUACAAUAACUGACCAAUAUGCUACUCGUUCUGAAGCAACCACUUCCAGUUACGACACAGAUAAUGGCAUAGACGUGUCUGAGAAUAGAACCACUACUACAGUUGUAGAAACAACUGGCCGAGUCACAGUUAUUGUUGAGGACCCUGCCCAAAACACAACAGACGAAGAUACUCUUUUUAAAAAUAUUAGUCUUGUAGAAAACAGCACUUUCAGUAUGGACACUAGUAAUAUAACUACUACUAAUGGAAUCACUACCAUUGGUUUGGUAAUUUCUCCAGAGCUUAACACAACUAUUCUAGAGGAAGGUACUUCUGUAGCUAUUGAUAUUCCUGAACACACGACUUCUAGCAAAAAUAUAACUUAUGAAGAUACUGCUGGUAUUGAAGUCACUACUGGAGAUACUAUUCCAGUUAAUAGAACUACUCGUAACAGUUAUAAUCAAGAUUCUGCUACCCCUAGUACAGACAAUCUUCGAAGAGAAAACACUACUGAGGGAAACUUCUAUCCUAUUGAAGACACUGCUUCAACUGAAUAUACAACCACUGCUAAAACGAUGACACUUUAUGAAAUUACAACUCAUAGUAAAGGCAAUCCAUUUGCUAAAGUCACUACUGAUAAAGUGAGCACUCCAGAUGAAGUCCCUACUUUCGGUGACAUAACUGCUGCUGUAGCUGAUGAAGUUACUACCCGUUCUGAGGCAAUUAUUUUCAGUGACGACAUAUAUAAUGGCAUAGGCAUGUCUGAAAAUGAAACGACUACUAUAGGAAAGGAAACAACUAAUCCCACACAAAACGCUACAGAUAAAGACACUAGUCUUAAUGAAGAUAUUACUGAUGAUGAAGGCAUGAUCUCAAAUGAAAAUCUUAUUUUGAAUACUACUACUAUUGCCUACACCACUUCAAGUGAACUAAUCAUUGGGAAAAAUCUGACUCCUAAUGAAGACAGUGCAUAUGUUGAGAGCACAACGGUUGUUGAAAAUAUUGCUACUGGAGAAAACACUACAACUAAUGGUAAUACUACCAUUGGUUUGGUCUUUCCUGCUGGUGCUACUGGUGAAAACACCUAUCCUGUUGAAGAUAGUACUCCAUCUGAACUUUUGUCUACUAAAAAAUUGACACCUUAUAUAGAAACAACUUCCAGUGGAGACACAACUUUAGCCAAAGUUAAUAUUACUGGUGAAAAGAUCACUCAAGAUGAAGUCACUACUCCAGUCACAGGUACUAGUCCAAGAAAAGACAUUACUUUUGUGGAAAGCACAGUGCCUAGUGAAGUUUCAUUAGCUAACCAAGGUACUACUCUUGGUGGAGCAACUGCUGUGAGCGACGGCACAUAUAAUGGCACCGGUAUGUCUGAAUAUGGAACCCCUAUUAUAGUUGCAGAAACAACUGGUUCAGUCACUCAUAUUGCUGAGAACCCUACUCCUGCACAAGACACUGCUCCAGUUACUGUUUUUGAUAAAGGUAUUACUAUUACUGAAAUGAGACCCUCAGACGAAACAAAUUCUGUGAAUGAAGGUACUACUAUUACAUAUACAACUUCAAGUGAAUCAAAUAUAUCUGUUGAUGAAGGCAACACAUAUAUUGAAAAUAUCACGGUUGCUGAAAGCAUUCCUUUUGGAGAAAACACUACAAUUGGUAAAGACACUAAGUUAAUUACAGGUGAAAUUACUACCGUUGGUGUGGUCAUUUCUGUAGAGCAAAACACAACUCUUCUAGAAGAGGAUAUUACUGCAUCUAUAGACUUUCCUGUUGAAUACACUUCGAGUAAAAGCAUGAUACCAUAUGAAGAUACUACCAAUGAAUUCACUGAUGAAUUCGCGACUCCUCUUGAAGAUACUAGUCAAAUUGAUGUCACUACUCCUGGCACGAUCACUACUCCAAGUCAAAACUCUUCAUCAAGCGAAGAUGCUACCCUCGCUGCAGACAAUCUUCCAAGUGAAAAUGUUACUGGUGACAUCGUCUAUCCUACUGAAGAUACUACUACAGCUGAACAUAUGUCUACUAAAAUGUUGACACUUUUUGAGCACACAAUUUCAAGUAAAGACACUACUGUAGCUAAAGCAAUUUUUGAUAUAGUAACUUUUUCUAGCGAUGGCAAUACAUUUGACAAAGACACAACUCUUGAUGAUGUUAGUUCCGAUGCAGACACUUCUCGAAAAGAAAUAACUAAUCCUAGUGAGUACACCACUCCUUUCAAGGAUAUUAGUUCUAGAGAAAACAUAACUGCUGUUGAAAGCACUGUUGGUGAAGUUACAAUAACUGACCAAUAUGCUACUCGUUCUGUGACAACUAUUAUCAGUGAUGACACACGCAAUGACAUAGACAUGUAUGAAAAUGGAACCACUACUACAGUUGUAGAAACAACUGGCCGAGUCUCAAUUAUUGUUGAGGACCCUGCCCAAGAUACUAGUCUUAAUGAUGAUAUUACUUAUGAUGAAGGCAUGACCUUUAUUGGAGAUACCACUUCCAGUGAUUUUAUUUCUACUAAAAAUGUUACACCAGGUGAGGAAAGUACACACGUUGAAAACACAACUCUUUUUGAAAAUAUUAGUUUUGUAGAAAACAAUACUUUUAGUAAGGACACUGGUAAUAUAACUACUACUGAUGGAAUCACUACCAUUGGUUCGGUAAUUUUACUAGAACUUAACACAACUAUUCCAGAGGAAGGUACUUACGCAGCUAUUGAUAUUCCUGAACACAUGACUUCUGACGAAAAUAUAAUGACUUUUGAAGAUACAACAGCUAUUGUCACUACUCAUUUUCAAGAUACCAUUCCAGUUAACGACACUACUUAUGACAAUACCAAUUUAGAAAAUGCUACCCUUGGUACAGACAAUCUUCCAAGAGAAAACACUACUGAGGAAAACUCCUAUCCUAUUGAAGACACUACUUCGACUGAAUAUACAACCACUGCUAAAACGAUGACACUUUAUGAAAAUACAACUCAUAGUAAAGACAAUCUAUUUGCUAAAAUCACUACUGACGAAGUGACCAUUCCAGAUGAAGCAACAAUUUUCGGUGACGUAACUGAUCCUUUGGAAAGCAAUUUUGGGAAAGACACAACUUUGAACGGGGAUAUUAAUUCAGGGGCAGAUACAACCCGUAAAGAAAAUACUGCUUCUAAUGCGAUCACCACUCCUGUAAUAGGUACUAGUCUAAGAGAAGACAUAACAUUUGUUGCAAGCACGACUCCUGAUGAAAUAGCAAUUGCGAGCCAAGAUGCAACUCAUUCUGAAGGGACUACUUUCAAUGGCGACACGUAUAGUAGCACAGGCGUAACUGAUCAUGGAACCAUUACUUCAGUUAUAGGAACGACUGGCCGAGUCACUUAUAUUACUAGGGACUCUAGUCCCGCUCAAAACACUACUCCAGAUGAAGAUUCUACUGUUAAUGAAGGUAUGACUUAUAGUACUAUAAAUUAUACUACCUCAAGUGAUAGAACCUCUGGUGACAGUAUGACACUUGAUGUGGACGAUGUUGAUGUUGAACACACUACAAAUGUUGAAAAUAUUGCUCUAGGAGAAAACAAACAUGUGUUGACAAACACAUGA